UUAUACACUUCAGCAGAGACUAUAGCAACAUCAACUCUCCCAGGACAAACAAGCGAAUCUUCAUUUUCGAAAUCGUUUAGAAUUGAUAAAGAUUGAGAGUUUUAUUCGCAUCAUUUUUAAAUUUGCAUUUAUAGGCGCAAACUCGAUUAUAGGCACAACAACAUUACUCCUCAAAAUCUGUCUGAACUGUUCAUAUUUUACCGUUUUAUGCAUGUAUGCAAAGCCUGAAUGCAUGCACGAAGUUCAAACCGCGGUUAUUUCUGUUUGUUUCCUGAAGUGAUCUAAGUUGAGAGCUGUGGUUUUCCCCGCCGUCCGUUCGCGAAAAGGAAACUGAAUCCAAGUUCUACUAGUAUUCAGAGACGUGUUUCGCAAUACACAUUGACAUUCUUUCUAUCGAGGGAUCCCCAUGAGUCAUCCCAAGUCCAAGACCUCACAGAUAACGACUAGGACCCAAUCGAUUGAUUACUAGCUUAGUUAUCGACCCGAACUCAUCAGUUGACCACCAAGCUGUUGCCGUGAACACACACUCAGAUUUGCAGCUUCUAACUUUCAAUUAGCAACGCUUAGACACAAGGACUCUUCAGUUUAUUUUCGGUUUUUGUCUACUUCUCAACAGAAACUCUGAGCACUUAGCAAGUUUUCAUUUCAUUCUGCUCGUAACAGUCUGUUCGUUGUGAGAGCUUCUCAUCCACAGCUAUAACCCGUACCCAAUGCUUUCGUUGCUUCAGAAGCUUAGGACCAAACUGUACCGAGCAAAAUCGACCACCGUACCGAAGAUGGACUUAGAAGCCCGCAUGGGUCACGACGACAGUCCCGCCUCCGUCUGGAUCCCGUCGUCGGCGUUGGCGGAGCGACAUCAUCUCGACCGACAUCGCAGUUUCAGACGGCUUUCGAGGAAGCUGAGUUCCGGCGCGAAACAAAUUAGUAAUAGUACUUGUAACCCGACCGCCUGCGCCAUCGCAGUGUGUUUCAUCACGGCGAUUCUGGCGUUGAUCGUCUCUUGCUUCACGUUCUAUCUGUACGUGCAGAGCCAUGGACUGGGACACGAGAUGGAAAUCAUCGAGAAGGCUUUCAAUCCGAAUUCAGAUAGUCAACAUGGUGCUUCACCUUCACCCCGAUUCGAUGGUCCUCAAACAACUAUGCCAUCACCAUCACACGAGGAAGCAGCGAAAUCAGCGGCUUACGCUCACAUUGUCGGGGCAGACAAUGGGCCGAGAGGAAACGAUAGGCAAUUGGAAUGCUUAGCUCAAUGGAAAGCGAACGCAACGCACAACGUGAACUUUUUGGGCACCUACGGCAUUGAAAUCGUCGAGCCGGGUUAUUACUACGUCUACACUCAAAUCUACUUCAGUGAUUCCGAAAGUGGAGCGACAGUUGACCCCUCAUCUCAGCAGGCGUUGCCCAUGCGUUCUUCUACGAAUCGCAACCACGUCCCGCUGAUGGAGAGCGUCGUCCCUUUCAAAGAAUACGCGACGAAGUACCACGGUGGCGUGUUCCAUCUCGACAAGGGCGAUAAGAUCACCGUGAGCGUAUCCAAUGACAAUCUCCGGAUCAACACCGGGAGCGACAAGACCUUCUUCGGGGUCUUCAUGUUGCGUUCGACGACGCCCGAUCACGCCGGGGCUGCAGCAGCAAGUUGAACUUUGAUCUCCGCCUAGCGGGGGAAGAGCUAGUAGGAGAAAAAGAUCAAAGAAGUUCGUUUGUGCAAUAUUCAGAACUAUGUGGUAGGAAAUGUACAAAUAGCACAUAAAUUAUUAUCGUACUAAACUAUGAGGGUACUAUUUCACGCAGAGAAGAAUAGUUAUUUCCCGGUUUUAUCAAAUGCCCUUCAAGGCAUGCUAAAAGGAAAAGGGAAAGUCAUUUGAGUUGGGAUAAUAGCACAGUAGGACUGCUGGGUAAAAUUAUACAGGGACGGUGCCUGACGGGCGUGUAAGCAUUCGCCCCACAGGAUUCGUAUAAUGUUAGGAAAAUCCUUAAGGGGCUAUUGUUACCCUGGCACCCCUUUGUUAUAUGCCCUGAAGGCUGAAGUUAUAGACCUAUUUUAUAACAUAGUUUGUGAUAAAGCGUUUUCCUGUUAAGGAUGUAACGUGGUAAUAAUUUCUGUCCCCUUUUUUGUUUGUUUGUCGGAAAGGCAGCAGAUGUUUGGUUUAAGAGGAAAAAAACAGGACGCAGUGACAACAUUGUGAAAGUGAAUCUAUAUAAAGGUGUUCUGAGAAAAUCUAGGACUAUAUCAGAAUCGCAGGAUACGCUGUCUGUAAGAGAUUUAUUUGUUUAUCAGUUUGUUUGAUAAUUGUAACGGAGUGUUGUCAUACCCAAUACUAGCUUAUAAAAGAAAUGCAAUGGCUUGUUCAGUAAUGGCGCUGUAAACCGUCAUUCGUGUAAAUGAAUUUACACAAGAAAUUCCCACCGUGUCACGGUGAAUUCUAUUAUUGUGAUCUGAUAUUCAGAUUGAUAGUUUAUGUUUUUUAAUGAGAUGGUUUUGUUUUUAAAAAACGAUGUCGUUUGAUGAGUUUUUAUUUUCAUUUUGUUAAUCCAACAUUAUUUUCAUUUCUCUGAUUGAUAAUCUUAUCCAUAUUAUACGAUGAGGAAAUUAAAUCUUGAAAACUUGUCAGUACAUACAAAAGUUAACCUGCUAUAACUGAACUAUUUCCUAUUAUGACGUCAUACGAGACAUCUUAGAUUGACAGGCGUCUUUUCGCUGUAUGUAGGCAGCGAAGAUUGCCAAACUGCCGAACGUUGCCAAUUUAAAUGCCGAGUAGCAUAGGCCUACGCCAAGGGUACAUUAAUUCAUGCGCUAGGAAAUUUACGAGUAGAGUUAUUGAGCAUUCAAUACAAACAAAUGGAAAACAAAUAAAAGUAGCAUAUCUCACAUAAUUAAUACGUGGAUUGUACACUUUAUCUAGUAUAAUUAAAAUGAUGAUUUUCAUAAUUAUCGCAUAGUUAACACACAAAGAGCAACUUGUAUGUUCCAGUAGACUCGUCAACUAAAUAUAUAUUUUAAACUGUCUUUUUCGUUUCAAGCACAAUGGUAAUUAUUAUACGAUUAUUUUUGUUACGCUUUAACCUGCAUUUCUCACUGCUCUCCAGUGAGUGGUAUUUCUUCAUGUGCCCAUCUUGACAAAAGCUUUUCAAUAAAUAGUUUGACAAAUAUUAUUAUCAUUCACACUGCGACUGGCAUAAUGAACACAUUUUCCUCCGGCUUUAAAUAAUAUAACUAACAUCUAUCCGUCAAAUAUCUUAAAAUGUUCACAUUCUUGCCAAAAGAGUUACUGCCAUGUGUGUAGUUCUUUGUGAAAAGUGUACAGCAGUGAGUGUAAUCUUUAUGUUUCAUACACAAUGGUUAACUUUUAUUGGUAAAUGAUUUAUGUAUGACUGUACAACAAUUUGACCACUUCAUGUACUAAUUAAGUUUGGAUCAUUGUGUAAAUUAUGUACUCUUGAUUUUCUUGAGUAUUAUAUUCAUAAUUUACACUACAUUUAUUGGUAGAUCCAUCAUUCUGUUGUAUAGAAUAUUGUGUUGUAUAUUUUGUGAAUGUAUAUAAAAAGAGCAAUUAUAUUUUUGUAUUAAUUUGUUAGUAUUGAAGUAUUUACGCAGAGCACCUGUUGGUCUAUUGUUUAUAAAGAAGAACAUGUGAAUCAAUGCGCUUUAAUAGUAAUAGAAAUGUUUCAUUCCAAUGGUUUACACAAAUUUUUACGCUAAAUCUUCACCCGUGGACAUUAUAAUCCUGAGACUUCUUAACAGUAAUGUUACGAUCACUUUAAAUACAAUAGUAAUAGGAUAUAUUUGAUUAUUAUUUUACCGUAUGUUUUUCUGUCAAUCAGACUAUGGACCGACCAUGGGAAUAACACUUGAUGCCAAAUUACUUUCUCUUUCAUGUUUUCAUAGCUAGAAUUACAGCAAAACUAAUGAUGUAUAAAUAUGUUACAUACAGUUGAAAUGUGAAAGCUAUUAUCGUGUACAAUAAUAUGUAUUACUCUGUGCAUACUAGUAAUUUAUUAAAGAUUUGCCUUUUGUAAUAAAAUGAUAUGAAAGAA